UAACCAGCGCGAGUAUCGUGUGACUUCUUAUUUUAUUUCAUUUUAUAUUCUACAUAGAGUGUAAAAGAAAGCUCAAGCUAGUUGGCAUGGCAGCAUAGCAUCCUAACAGCCAAGAGCAUCACGUUCAUAGCUGCUCUCUCAAUAAAUAAACCCUAGCCGCCAACCAUUAUCAUCUUCGCCUCUGUUUCCCUAUGCUUUUCAACAAGACCUUAAGCUCUUUCAAAACAAUACCCAUAACCCAAAUCCACCAAAUAAAAUCCCAACGCAAAAGAAAUUCGAUUUUCACUUCUUUUGUUCCAAUUUCUUCUCUACCAUCUCAAAUGGAGCCAGGCAAUAAUGAAAUUACCCAUGAGUUUCGUUUCUUUAGGGUUUUCAAAAAUGGCCAGCUCCAAAUGUUUAACCAAAUCCACAAAAUUCCGCCAUUCAAUGACCCGGUUUUGCGAGUCCAGACAAAGGACGUUGUAAUCUUAACAGAACCAACCAUAUCUGCUCGCAUUUUCAUGCCCGUUGUGCAUGACACGACUCGGAAACUCCCUCUUCUAUUUCACAUCCACGGCGGCGGGUUUUGCUUCGAGUCCGCUUUUUCUUCACCUCAUCAGAAGUACCUCACCACCUUAGCUGCCGCAGCUGAUGCAAUCAUUGUUUCGGUAGAGUACGGGCUAUUCCCGGAUCGGCCCAUUCCCGCAUGUUACGAAGACUCAUGGGUGGGCCUCCAAUGGGUAGCAACCCAUGUAAAUAGAGAUGGACCGGAGUCUUGGUUGAAUGAUCAUGUAGAUUUUGCACGUGUUUUUAUUGGUGGAGAUAGUGCUGGAGGCAAUAUAUCUCACAACUUGGCAGUUCGGAUCGGGUCACAGGGUUUACCGGGAGUAAAUGUGGUUGGGAUGGUGUUGGUGCAUCCGUAUUUUGGUGGAACCAAUGAUGAUAAGAUGUGGUUAUAUAUGUGCCCAAUCAAUGGUGGGUUGGAUGAUCCUAGGCUGAAACCGAAUGCAGAAGAUUUGAGCAAGGUUGGGUGUGAGAGAGUUUUGGUGUUUGUUGCAGAGAAAGACCAUUUGAAUGGAGUGGGCAAGUGGUAUUGUGACGAAUUGAAGAAAAGUGAGUGGAAAGGAAGCUUAGGCGUUGCGGAGACUAAAGAUGAGGGACAUUGCUUCCAUAUUGAGGACUUGACAACUCAAAAUUCUUUGGCUCUAAUAGAAAGAUUUGCAUCUUUUAUUAAGGAAAUUUAGAGAUGCAUAGCAUAGGUAAUUAUUGUAGAGUUAUUGAGUGAACUCCAUGAUGUAAUAAAUAGUAUAUUUAAUACUCAGAAAAUGUGAGAAUCAUUGAUUUUGAGAAAAAAA